UUUUUCUGCUGCAACCAUGGCCAUGAAAUGAUUUCACACAAACAAAAAGACAAACCCCUUUUUUCAUUUACACAUAAAUACUAAUGGUUCUCACCUUUUCUCAUUCAUUACAUGAAAAAAAAUCCCACCUUUUUCCCAUUCUUUCAACUUGAUAAAAAAAUGGUAACUUUACAAGAACCCCAACUGGACUUAGAAUCCGGCGGUGGCUGUGGAGAUGUCACCGGCCGGCAGUCGGAGGUGCCGGAAAAGGGAAGGUUAUCCUUUGUGGCGGUGGAUGUUGAAAAUGGUGGUGAGGUAAAUAUAUUGUUGAAAGAUGAAAAAGAUUGCAGAAUAUGUCAUAUGAGUUUGGAUGUAAAUAGUGAAGAAUCUGAAAAUGGGAUUCCGAUUGAAUUGGGGUGUUGUUGUAAAGAUGAUUUGGCUGUUGCUCAUAAACAUUGUGCUGAAGCUUGGUUCAAGAUUAGGGGCAACAGAACAUGUGAAAUCUGUGGAUCAAUUGCAAAAAACAUUGCUGGUGCAGAUGAGGUUGAAAUGUUAGACCAGUGGAACGAAGUAAAUGGUUCCACCCCAUCUCGUGCCCCCGCAUCUGGUGAGACCAUGGCUACAUUAGAUGCCCGCAACUUCUGGCAGGGCCACCGGUUUCUCAACUUCUUAUUGGCUUGUAUGGUUUUUGCCUUUGUCAUAUCUUGGCUAUUCCAUUUCAACGUGCCAUCUUGAUAACAUCAAAUGAAGGUCGAUGAGGUAAUUGUUUCUGGUAGGACGGCAUCAAUAGAGUGCUCCUCUAUUUUUGUCGAUAAUGUAAUGUUUGUAGUGGUUCAUUAGUUCUUGUGUGAGUGUAACUUCAAGAUAUGUAUGAAAUGUACUCUCUAAGUCAACACAA